AUGUGUGAAGGCCAUUUGCAGCAGUUUACCAUUUCUCUUUCUGCUGCUGCUGCUGUUGCUGCUGCUGCUGUUGCUGCUGCUGCUGCUGCUGCUGUUGCUGCUGCUGCUGCUGCUGUUGCUGCUGCUGCUGCUGCUGGUGCUGCUGCAGGGCUGUGCAAGGCGCUGGAUGCGAACCACCUGUCUCCCCAUUUGUUGGUAGAGGAGGGGGGGCAGCAGCAGAUGAAGGGGGGGGGCGGAGCAGCAGCAGCAGCAGCAGCAGCAGCAGCAACAGCAGCAACAAUAAAGAGCUGGAAAGAGAAAGCAAGAGAAGCAGCAGCAAAGCUGGUGACGUCCUCAGCAGAACAUAGGCAGCAAAUCACAUCCACUUGGCAAGCUGCACUGCAGGCCACCCGCGGGGCGUCGCGUGAAUUCGGCAGCAGCAUCCGUGGGGUCAUCAACACAGCAGCAGCAGCAGCAACAGCAGCAACAGCAGCAACAGCAGCAACAGCAGCAACAGCAGCAGCAGCAGCAGCAGGAACCUCUAUGGGCAAAGUCCCGGAGCCUGCCUUCGGCCCCGAUGGUCAACCAACCGAGCAGCAGCAGCAGCAGCAGCAGCAGCAGCAACAGCAACAGCAGCAGCAACAGCAGCAGCAGCAGCAGCAGCAGCAGCAGCAGGAGUGGAAACGAAAAAACACUAUGACGAACGGCGUUACCUCAGCAGCAAAUUUCUUCUCUUCUUUGUUAAGCAGAGGAUCAUCAACAGCAGCAGCAGCAGCAGCAGCAGCAGGAACAGCAGCAGCAGCAGCAGCAACAGACUCACCCAAGACACCAACAGCUACAGCAGCAGCAGAAGCAGCACCGGCUGCAGCAGAUGCAGCAGCAACAGGAGCAGCAACUGCAGCAGAAUCAGAGAGCAGCAGCAGCAUAAACGGCAGCAGCUGCGAAGCAGCAGCAGCAGCAGCAACAGCAGCAGCAGCAGAAGUUGCUGCUGCAGCUUCUUCUCCUACUUCUGCAGCAUCACCCUCAGCAUCAGGCCCAUCACCAUCAUCACCAGCAGCAACAGAAACCGACCCUGCUGCUGCUGCUGCUGCUGCUGCUGCUGCUGACUCUGCUGCUUCUUCGUGGGGGGCACAGAAAGAGAUGCUGCAGCUGCUGCUGCGGGAGCGGCUGCAGCAGGCGCGGGAGUCCUCGCUGCUGCGGCUGUCUUCGCUCGGCUCCUCAAUAAAAGGAUUGACUCUAAAGACAGCAGCAAACAACAAACAGCAGCAGCAGCAGCAGCAGCAGCAGCAGAUGCAGCAGAGGGGGGAUGGAGACACGGAGCAGCUGCGAAUGUAUUCCGAUGCAUGCAGCAGAGGGGGGAUGGAGACACGGAGCAGCUGCGAAUGUAUUCCGAUGCUGCUGCCAGAUGCAGCAGAGGGGGGAUGGAGACACGGAGCAGCUGCGAAUGUAUUCCGAUGCAUGCAGCAGAGGGGGGAUGGAGACACGGAGCAGCUGCGAAUGUAUUCCGAUGCUGCUGCAGCAACAGCAGCAGCAGAGGAUGAAACAACAAACCACCAGCAGCAGCAGCAGCAGCUGCUGCUGCAGCAGCAGCAGCAGCAGCAAGAAGAUGGUAUUAGGGGCAAUAGAAGUGCUGUAGAUGUCUGCGCCUUAUCGCAUACGCAGCAGGGCGCGAUGGCUGCAUCUGUGUUUGCAAUUGGAGACAGCGAUCAAGAAGACUCACCGACGAGCCCAGCAGAUUGA